AUGGUAAUGGUACGCAAACGAAAGUCUCUUGUCGUUUCGGAUGACGAGGACUGGAAUGGCGGUGAUGAUAUAUCCGACUCGAUGUCUGAGCCAAGUGUCGCGAGUGAGGAGGAAUUAUCUGUUGACGAGGAUGCGUUCAAGGGGAAUGAUAUUCGACGGAGGAGUCUGCGGAGACGGUCGUCGGUCAAGAAGGAUGUGAAGGGACCGUUUGUGGUCAUUACGUCGAGAGUCGGGACCAAACGAGCGGCGGUGGAAUAUACAAGGAGACAAAAUGCAGCCUUUGACUCGCCUCUUUCGAAACGGGUCAAGACGUUGCCAGAGGUUCCUUCACCACCCAUGACUUCACCAACCAAACUGACCCCGUUACAGUCCCCAAUAGCCGCCUGGAAGAACAUCUUCAAAUUCACCCCGCAGAAAGCAUCCCCCAUCAAAAAGCGACUGCAACAUAAACCCAUCACCGGCCCCGCGCGAAAGAAACAAAAACUGCAUGCCACGGAAUUUCCCCCCAUCCAAGAUAUCCCAGCCAUGUUUUUCGACAUGGUCAAAAACCUACCCGAAAGCGCCACAGUAGCCAAACGACUCCAAGGCCGCAAACUCCGUGUCGCUACCAUGUGCAGCGGAACCGAGAGUCCCCUAUUGGCCCUCGGCCAAAUAUCUCGCUCCAUUGAACGUCACCAUGGAAUCAAAUUUGAGAUUGACCAUGUCUUUAGUUGUGAAAUCGAACCUUUUAAACAAGCCUACAUUGAACGCAACUUUUCCCCACCCAUUUUAUUCCGCGAUGUAUGCGAACUCGCCAACCCAAAAGCAACCACCGCAUACGGAUCCCUCGUGCAAGUCCCAAACGUCAAAGUCGACCUCCUCGUAGCAGGAACCUCCUGCGUCGACUACUCUAACCUAAAUAACAAGAAAAAGGGCAUCCACGCCGGCGGCGAAUCUGGCCGAACGUUUUGGGGAAUGUUAAACUGGGUCAAAACAUGUCGUCCUAAACUCGUUAUCCUCGAAAACGUCUGUGGAGCCGAUUGGACGAGCAUGCAACACGAAUUUACUAAAAUCCGGUAUAAAGUCACGGCUACCCGGUUUGAUACCAAGGAUUACUAUAUCCCGCAUACCCGAACACGUGGGUACCUCUUUGCUGCAGCAGAAGGACCCAAAAACCUCCCAGAAAUGUGGAUCAACCUUGUCAAAUCCAUGCAACGACCCGCUUCAUCCCCUUUGGAAGCCUUCCUCCUCCCAACAGAUGAUCCUCGUGUCCAUCAAGCUCGACUCGACCUUGCGCGUGCGAGUGUGGAUCGCAGGGCCGCUCGAACGGAUUGGGAACGCUGUGAAAGUCGGCAUGAACGUCAGCGGAUUGAAGAAGGAUUAGGUAUCAAGCGUCCUUUUUCGCGAUGGGAACCGAAUAGUGUGUGUCGGUUUCCUGAUUAUGCGUGGAAUGAUUGGGGGGCUAGUCAGUCUACGCGUGUGCUUGAUUCCAUUGAUAUUCUGUACCUAAAGAUGGCUGUCAAGGGCAUUGACGCCAUGUCCAAGACGCUGGUAUGGGAACUAAGUCAGAAUGUUGAUCGGAUUAGUACAAGUGUUCGGCCGGGUAUUUGUCCUUGUUUGACUCCGAGGGUUAUACCGUUUGUGACGAGCCGUGGAGGCCCUGUUGUCGGUCGUGAGGCGCUGAAUCUCCAGGGAAUCCCUGUUGAUGAAUUGUUACUGACCCGCGAAUCGGAGCGGAAUUUGCAUGAUUUGGCUGGUAACGCCAUGACCACCACCGUGGUUGGUGCGUGCAUGUUGGCUGCUCUUGUUGUGUCUUUGGAUACUUUGGAGCCGGGGUCGGGUGUACCUCCGAAACAAAUUGAAUUGGAUCCGUUUCCUACCAUUGGGGGAGAUGACCAGCUCAAUGAACUCCCACUCGAACUAGGCACCUAUACCAACAUGUCGUUGGAGGCUUUGGUUGCGGAUGCGGAUCGAAGUAGCCGGCAGUGUGACUGUGAGGGACGAACGGGUGUCACCAAAGAAAAGAUUCAGAAAUGCCGAGAAUGUUGGGCAACUUCUUGUGUUAAAUGCGGAAUUCGGCCUGAACAUUAUUAUGAACAGGUUACAAGUGAUAAUCGACUAUCUCCCACGGGAUUUGAGAAGGAGCUUAGGUCGGCCUUACCCAUGCGGCUUCAUCUCCAAGGCAUUACACUGGAUGCACUAGAAGCGCUCAAAUCUCAGCAUGACACGAUCGAUCUUGUCAGCAAGGAUUGGACACUCUGGCACGACGCUGUUGUGAACGCCGUCAAGAAUGAAUUCCGAUUCAGAUCUGUCAAGCGACAAGAGUAUUGGGUUGUUACUUAUGACGCACCCAUGGCGAUACUUGAACUCAUCAUCGAUCCCCACCAGCCCGUAUGGCAGUUAACUAUUAAAGCCCCCGAGGACGAACCUGUCAAUGGCCGUCUACGAAGUCUCCUUGCUAGCCCAGCAGCCAGAAUGUAUUUGGAUCUCAAGAGCCAGGACACGAGUUUUUUCAGUGGGACGUGGGAAGUAUGUUUCCCUGCAUCCAAAUCAUUUUCCAUUACGAUCACUGGACGGGGUGAACUUGUUGAAUCAUGGGAAGCACGUAUUGGCUUGCAGAAUCACCUUGCAUCUGGGAAAUGGUGGUCUCAGUUGGAGAUUUCCGGGAUCCCUGAUGAUGCACGGGUGUAUUUGGAUCGCGAUCUCUCGGGUACAUAUGACUUGCUGGAAAAGUGCGGAACGGCCAUGAACGCCCUCCAUAAAAAGCGACCAGCAUCCACCGAUGACCAAAAACUCCCAUUGUUCUUUUUUUUUGAUCCACAACCUUGCGGUGAGCAAAGUGGGGAUGCAUUCAAUUUCUCAACCAAUGCACGUCGAUUACCCUAUGGAGAAGUCCGCCUUGUAAACGCUACAUUGGAUCCCAAAUGGCGACCUAGUUCUGUUGACGGACCUCAAUCCGUUGCUUGUCACGUCAAAGGCAAAUGGGCUACCUUGGAAUGCGCACGACUCGUCCCAACCACCGAGGCUACUCUCCAGGGUACCGUCAGCACACCAGCAGGACCAUUAUCAGUUUCCUGCAAACAGGAUGCAUGUAAAACCGCUACUGCCGUCUUGACGUGUAAAGUCCCGCUUACGCAUGCAGAGCCUGUAUGGCCUCGUGACAAGUGGGAGGAAAUUGAUUUGUUGCAUCGGGGACGGUCGACGUUUGAGUCUUUGGCGUGGAUUACGGAGCGGAUAAAGGGAAUUACUGCCCUUCAGGAUUGGAUGGAUGUUCCUGGUGUGCAUGAUAUUGAUGAUCGAGGGAAACCGUCUCCUUGCGAGCGAUGUGCUCCAACACCUCCAGAACUGCUCUGGAUCCGCAAAGGAACGAGUGCCUCUGCAUUCGAAGAUCCCCAACAAGCUGGUGCUUACGAACAGAAUCUAAAGCGGCGACCCGCCCCUUUUGUCGCUCAAUUCCGUUUGGAUGGUACCUUGGGUAUGCUCCGUCUCGGCGUGAAUGUUGCGUCUUUGGUUCAUCGGGCCCUAUCGAGAUUACCUAGUAAAGACCGUCCCGAAUCCCCUCGAGUAUCGUGGCGACUUUCCACAGAAUUUACUGACCAAGAAGAGAAAUUGAAACCUCUUGAAGUCAAGAGUAACAAACUGGAUCCGGAACAUGAGCAGCCGCCGCAUUUUGAGCGGUACAAGCUGAGAAAGGAGCAAAGUCGGUCUUUAACGUGGAUGGUGCGUCAAGAGCAAGCUACCAUUGAACCUUUUGUUGAAGAAGAGGUUUCAGAAGCUGUUUUGGAACCGUUGGGGUGGCGUGUAGAAGCCAAGGCGGAGCGGCAAGUAUUUGUUCGAGGGGGUGUCCUAGCUGACCAAGUCGGAUACGGAAAGACCGCCAUCACACUCGGUCUCAUUGACUACGCUGCGUCCCUACCUCCCCCGCCUCCCCCGCCUCCCUCGCAACUCGAAGGGCGUAUCCCCAUCAAAGCAACAUUAAUCAUUGUUCCAUCUCAUUUGGUAGCACAAUGGCCAGCGGAAAUCAAAAAGUUUACUGGAAACCGGUUCAAAGUCCUCACCAUGCUCAAUGUGGCUAAUUUUAAUAAAACGACUGUCGCGGAUUUUGAGGAAGCGGAUAUCAUUAUUUGCGCGCGGAGUGUUUUGACGGGUAUCAAUUACUGGUCUAAUUUAUCUGGAUUGGCUGGAAGUGAGCUCUUGCCUGUUUCUGAGGGACGGUAUUUUAAUAUCCGAUAUCAGGAGGCUUUGGAAAAGCUCAAAAUUCGCGUCAAGGAGUUGACCGAGAUUGGCGGAACCGACGGCGUCAAGUUGGUUAUCCAGGCUGUUAAAGAGGGGUUAUUGAGGAGGAAACAGCAAGGAAGUGAUGAGACUGUACCUGUCCAAAAGCAGGUGAGGGGCACCAAGGCCUACCGGGAUCAGUUGAAGCAACAAACAGACGAAACAGGUGAAGAGUUGAAUGACCUGGAAGAUGGCGAUAGUAGUGAUGUGAUGGACACCUACGACAAACGUAAAACGUCCAAAUCUAAAAAUGCCGAUACCACAUCCCGUGAAGAUAAAGAUCCAUGGAACCUCCAAACACAAUCCGUACAAAAAAACUGGAAAAAAAUGCAAUGCCCACCUCUCGAAAUGUUUUAUUUCAACCGUAUCGUAGUUGACGAGUACACCUAUGUAACGGGCAAAGACUAUGCAUGCAUCUUGGAACUACGAUCCAAUUACCGGUGGGUCCUAUCUGGAACUUCUCCGGUCCACGAAUUCGCUACCGUCAAAACCAUUGCAAGUUUCCUUGGUUUGCAUCUAGGAGUGGAUGAUGAUGCCGAAAUGGGUGAAGAUAUGGUUAAAAAGCGACUUAAUGAGCGAACAGCUGCCGAAAAAUUUCAUUCGUUCCGGGAGGUGCAUACGGCUGCUUGGCAUGCCCGACGACAUGCGGUUGCUCAAACGUUUUUGGAUGGCUUCGUGCGUCAGAAUAUUGCAGAGAUUGAUGAGAUUUUGUGUGAGGAGCAUAUCAUGCCUAUACAGUUACCCCCUGCAGAACUUGCCCUCUAUUACGAACUACAGCAUUACUUGCUGAGUGUCGAGAUGAAUGUCAGAAAGACGGUCAGGGCAGGCAAGGCAGCUCAAGGGGACCGUGAACUCCGGCUAGGUCUCGCAUUAGAAAAAAUGAAGUCACCCGAACAAGCCCUUUUGAUUCGGUGCUCUCAUUUUGAUUUGGAAUUGCGAUCGCCUGGACGGGAUGGCAAAAAACAGCAAUUGCGCGUCAGGAACGCUGCGGAAGCUUGUGAAAAGAUUGUGAUUGAACGAAAAGCGCAGUUGGAGGAAUGUCGACAAUUGUUUGAGGAGCACUUGAAUGAUGCCAAAGCACUGCAUUCUUGGAUCUUGGAUCAUGGUGGAUAUGAAGAAGGAGAUGAUUUGCCGCUUGAGAGGUGGUGGGGACAGGCUCUGGCCGGACGAAGCGAUGAUGUCGAUACAGGGCUGUUGGUCGCGGAGAUUGUUAAAAACAUGGGACAAUUGGGCAACAAGAAGGGCAAAGGGAAAGAAAACAUGGGAGAUACGAGUUUGAAACCAGUUGGGAAUAUGAUCAAGAAAACGCAGCAAAAUGGAAAGAAAAAAGUGGGUUCUUCUAAACGGAAAUCGGCGGAUGACGACUUUUUGGAUGAUGAUGAUGAGGAUGAAGAUACGGGUAAACCCAAAAAGGCCCCAACUCUGUCUGACAAGAAAUGGGAGUUGCGAGAGCAUACCCACCGUUUACGUAAAGUACAAAAAGAACUGGUCAAUCGGUUGCGAUCAUUGCGAUAUAUUCAAGCGGUACGAGAUGUUCAAACCCGCAAACAAGCCGAGGUCAUUUGCCCAAAAUGUCAAAAAUCAUUCCACCUGCCUGACAACUAUGACCAGGUUGUCUUCCUUUCAUGUUGUGGACACUUGGGAUGCCAAACAUGUGUGCUUGAGGAAGCCGAGAAAGAAACAUGCGUGACGCCUGGAUGUCAAGUUGCAGCCCGGAGCAAUUUUAUAGUAACCCCAGAAAGUCUUGGAGUCGAUCAAGACGAUUUUGGUUCUGGCCACGGAGCAAAACUCUCCGCCAUCGUAUCGUUGAUAAAGGACAAGAUCCCAAGUACGGAUCGUAUCCUGAUUUUUGUCCAGUUUCCUGAACUCAAGCAGAAGGUGAGCGAGGCGCUCGACGAUGCUCGUAUCGCCCACCUCAAGAUUGAGGGCGGCGCAACGAAAAUGAGCAAAGCUGUGGAACGAUUCCAGAAUAUGGAUGACCUUGAUGUCGACCACGAUCUUGAUGGAACUCGGGUUCUACUUUUAACUGCAACCAAUGAAGAAGCCAGUGGAGCAAAUCUAACGGGAGCCAAUCAUGUUAUUUUCGUAUCCCCUUUGCAUCUUGAGACGCCGGAAGUCUAUGAUGCGUGCGAAACUCAAGCUAUUGGACGGGUUCGACGAUAUGGGCAGACGAAAAAAGUCCAUGUGUGGCGGUUUAUUUGUAAAGGGACUGUUGAUGAGGAUAUUUGGAAUCAAGUUGUUGAGAGAAGGGCUGUAUAG